CAGCCUCAGAGAAGAGACGUUUUCAGCAUUGCGGAUUCUGCACGUCCCUUCUCUUCCACUGCCAGAUUGCCUUUCCUCGCCCUUUGAACGCCCUCAACCAGCUUUGCAUCUGUCUUCCGUUGGUCACCGUCGUUGCGUAAAUUGCUGUCACCUGCGAAAGCAAGCUCUCUGACCUGCCCACUCGUGUGAUGGCCUCCGCACUGCGCUGUUCCACAACUCUUGCAGCAGCCACCAUCGCUGCAGCAUCGGUUCAGACAACAAAUACGCAUCAAGCUAGAAAUCAGUCUCUAGCCGUCUCUUCUGGUCCGUCCAAUCCCUCAGCAGCUGGCCCAUUGCUCGGGGGGCUGUCCAAAGACUUUACUGAGAGCCACAGAGGAGCAGCAGGCGCGUCCACAUCAGACAGGUUUAUUUCAGUCAUGAGUGGGGUCAGAGCAGGAAUCCCAUCUCGGAUGGUCCGGGCUGAGGCGGCAACUGCGGAGGCAAGCGCUGAAGCUGCACCGGAGUUAGUGACUGAAUUCAUGGUGGACAUGAUGUGCGAGGGGUGCGCCACCUCGGUCCGCAACAAGCUGCACCCACUGCCAGGUGUGACUGACAUCAGAACGAGCGUGUCGGAUCAGACCGUUCGGAUCACAGGGACAGAGUCUCUCAAGUCGCUCCAGAAAGCUUUGGAAGAGACGGGAAGGGCGAACAGGCUCAUUGGCCAAGGAUCGCUUGAAGAGUUUGAGAUUUCUGCGGCGGUGGCGGAAUUCAAGGGCCCCGUCGUAAUGGGCGUCCUUCGCAUCGCGCAAGUCACCAAGGACACUGCCCGGGUAGAGGGCCAGUUCGACGGACUUAAACCGGGCCCGCACGCCGUCUUCCUGAACCAGUACGGGGACCUGACCCGGGGGGCGGCCAGCACCGGGGGUAUUUACAUCGACGAGGGGCGGGAAGCGGGGUUCCUGGGAAUUGCCAAUGCUGACGAAACCGGCCAUGCGGAGCUUCCAACGGCGGUGGUCCAACUACGAGUGUACGAUCUGAUUGGGAGGGCUCUGGUGAUCUCAGAAAGUGAUAAGGUUUCCACGGAAAAUGCCUUCGCUUCGGUGGUCGCAAGGAGUGCAGGCGUGGGGCAGAAUCUGAAGAAUCUGUGCUCGUGCGAUGGCACUGUAAUCUGGGAGGCCCAGCAGGACAGGGUAUCGUAGUUGUGGAUUAGUGGGAGAUUGGUCAUCUAGCAUCUUGUCGUAUAACUUGUUGAAGCCUUUGGCGGACUCGAGCACCCGAUGAACGUUUUUGGACUCGAGUGGGAGAAACGGAAUCUGAUCAACGAGCCUUCGUGCGGUACACACUGGUUAUACCAAAGACGUCCAAACGAUUCUUUGGACAAUCUCGUUAGGCGCGCGCUCAUUCAGGAUGACUGCAUGCUCCCGAUUG